AUGGUCAAGAAGGCAGUUGAUAAGCGCAUUCCCGACCUGAUCAGGAACGGCGUCCAGGAGAAGAAACGAUCCUUCUUUGUCGUUGUCGGAGACCGUGGGAAAGAUGUAAUCCUCAAUCUGCACUACAUUCUAGGCAGCGCAGACCCGAAACAGAACAAGUCCGUCCUAUGGGCAUACAAGCACAAGCUCCUCGGCUUCACCAGUCACCGGAAGAAACGCGAAGCCAAGAUCAAGAAAGAAGUCAAGCGCGGCACCCGCGAAGCCAACACCGAAGACCCCUUCGAGCUCUUCAUCUCCCUCACUGACAUCCGCUACGUCUACUACAAAGAGACCGAGAAAAUCCUCGGAAACACCUACGGCAUGUGUAUCUUGCAGGACUUCGAAGCGCUGACACCCAACCUCCUCGCGCGCACAAUCGAGACGGUAGAGGGCGGCGGGCUGGUCAUCCUGUUGCUGAAGACCAUGACGUCGCUGAAGCAGCUGUACACAAUGACCAUGGAUGUACAUUCGCGGUACCGCACGGAGGCCCACGGGGACGUGGUAGCUAGGUUCAAUGAGCGCUUCAUCCUCUCGCUCGGAGACUGCGCGAGCUGCCUGGUGGUCGAUGAUGAGCUGAAUGUGCUGCCAAUCUCGGGCGGGAGGGGCGUGCAGGCGCUGCCGCCGCCAGCAUCGGAUGCGACUACGCCCCAGAAGGCGGAGCUGAAGGAGCUGAAGGAGUCGCUGGCGGACGUGCAGCCGGCGGGGGCACUGGUGGAGAUCACGAAGACGGUGGAUCAGGCGAAGGCGGUCAUGACGUUUAUUGAUGCGAUUGCGGAGAAGACGCUGCGCUCGACGGUGACGUUGACGGCGGGGCGUGGGCGAGGUAAGUCUGCGGCUUUGGGUGUUGCGAUUGCGGCGGCGGUUGCGCAUGGAUAUUCAAAUAUCUUUAUCACUUCGCCGUCACCGGAGAACUUGAAGACAUUGUUCGAGUUCAUCUUUAAGGGAUUCGAUGCACUGGGAUACAGCGAUCAUCUCGACUACGAUAUCAUUCAGUCUACGAACCCGGCGUUCAACAAGGCCAUCGUGCGAGUCAACAUUCACCGCCAGCACAGACAGACAAUCCAGUACAUCCAGCCACAAGAUGCCCACGUCCUCGGCCAGGCCGAGCUGGUCGUUAUCGACGAAGCCGCUGCUAUCCCAUUGCCACUUGUAAGGAAACUUAUGGGACCUUACUUGGUAUUCAUGGCCUCUACAAUCAACGGAUACGAAGGAACCGGUCGUUCCCUCUCCCUCAAGCUGAUCCAGCAGCUCCGCGACCAAUCCCGCGGCAUCAGCAAGCUCCCCACAGAAGGGGAGGCUGCCUCUCGCGACGGAAAAGCCAGCAAGCGCUCAGACUCUGGAAACAUUAGUGGCGGCGGGCGAACCCUCCGAGAGGCAACUCUCAGCGAGCCCAUCCGUUAUGCCCCCAACGACCCAGUAGAGAAGUGGCUCAACAACCUCCUCUGUCUCGAUGCCACUCUCCCCACCAACAAGUCUACCCUACAUGGCACCCCCGACCCCGCAAAGUGCCAGCUGUUCUACGUAAACCGUGAUACCCUUUUCUCAUACCACCCAGUAUCUGAGCGCUUCCUCCAGCGCAUGAUGGGUCUCUACGUGGCCUCUCACUACAAAAACUCCCCCAACGACCUCCAACUCAUGUCCGACGCGCCCGCCCACCAACUCUACGUUCUUCUCCCCCCGGUCGCCGAAGACGGCCGUGUCCCCGACCCCCUCUGCGUCAUCCAAGUCGCACUCGAAGGCCGCAUCUCCCGCGAAUCCGUACAAGCAGCGCUCAGCCGCGGCAAGCGCGAAGGCGGUGACCUCAUCCCCUGGCUCGUCUCGCAGCAGUUCCAAGACGACGAAUUCGCCGGCCUCAGCGGCGCCCGCGUCGUCCGCAUCGCCACAAACCCAGACUACACCGGCAUGGGCUACGGCCAGCGCGCGCUCCAGCUCCUCACGGACUUCUACGAAGGCAAGUUCCAGCCCCUCGGCGAGGACGCCACAUACGUCAACGAGGAGCUCGUCCGCGUUACCGACGAGGAGAUCGAGGCCGCAGACCUCAAGACCGAGGCUAUCAAGAUCCGCGACCGCGAAUCCCUCCCGCCCCUCCUCCUCCGCCUCAACGAGCGCCGCCCCGACGAGCUCGACUAUCUCGGUGUCUCAUACGGUCUCACAGACCGCCUCCACAAGUUCUGGGCUAAAAAGGCAAAGUUCGCGCCUGUUUACCUGCGCCAGACUGCCACAGAGCUCACCGGAGAACACACGUGCGUGAUGAUCCGCACGCUCGAGGGCAAAGACAACGCCUGGCUCGCCGCCUUUGCAAAGGACUUCCACAGACGCCUGAUGCAGCUCCUCUCCUACGAGUUCCGCAAGUUUCCCAGCGUUCUCGCGCUCACCAUCUUCGAGAGCGCAACGGCGGGCGCGCGCAGCAGCGGCGCCGUCGUGAACCCGCUAACGAAGGCACAGCUGGACGAGCUGCUGUCACCGUUUGAUCUGAAGCGCCUCGAGAGCUAUGCAGAUAAUAUGCUGGACUACCAUGUGAUACUGGACAUGAUCCCGCUUAUCGCGCAGCUCUUCUUCGACGGGCGCAUCAGGGCGGGCGUGAACUUGUCGUCGAUACAGCAUGCGAUAUUGCUUGCGAUCGGACUACAGAGGAAGACGCUGGAGGAUGUGGAGAAGGAGCUGGGGCUGCCGAGCGCGCAGGUGCUGGCCAUGUUCCAGAAGAUUGUGAGGAAGGUGGCGAUGUAUUUCCGGAGCUUAUUGGCGCAGAGUAUUGCGGAGGGGCUGCCGAGCGAGAAGGCGGGGAAGGCUGCUGCGGUGGAGGAGGAUGGGGAGGAGGGGGAGGGGGAGAAGGCGAUGGAGCAGACACUGGCGGAGGAUUUGGUGGAGGGUGGGGAGGAGGUCAUGAGGGAGAUGAAGGAGAGGGAGAUGAGGAGGGAGGUGAUCAAUAGUUUGGACUUGUCAAAAUACGAGAUCCCCUCCGCCGAAACUGCCGACUGGGAGUCCGCCGAAAAGCAGAUCAAGCCCGGCAAAAAGACCACCGUUGUCAGCGUCAAGACCGUCAAGCAGUCCAAGCGCAAAGCCGGAGAGACCGCCGCGGAGAUCUACGAGCAGGAGAUUGGCAGCGUGAAGAGUAAGAAGUCAAAGAAGAGCAAGGGCGGGAAGAAAUAG